AAAAAUUAUUGUCUGCUUAUCAGUAGGCGCCCAUAUAGUGAGCGUCCGACGAUUGAGCUCACUAUAAAAAGUGCAGCCAACAAAUGCAUUGCCAUUAAACUCACUUCAAGUGUCUUAAGAAGAGCAAUAGCGUCUACUCAAGCGCCAAUAAACGACAAAACCCGUAAAUCCCACCCUUUAGAGAGCAGAAAAAUUCGUAUCAACAUGAACUUCAAUAAAGUCUUCAUCUUCUUGGUUCUGCUGGUCGCUAUCUUCGCCGGACAAACCGAGGCCGGUUGGCUCAAGAAGAUCGGCAAGAAAAUCGAGCGUGCUGGUAAGCACGCCAUAGAUACCGCCAUUAAAGUUGUUGUGGCCAAAGAGAUCGGCAGAGGCUAGCAGCUGCCACAUUACCAAACAGCCACUGCCUAAAUUAAUUAUUGUUAA